AAUAUGGAUCAUUGUUAUUCCAAGCAAAAAGAGCAACAAAAUGAGAGAAUUCCAUCAGUAUUUGGCACCACUGAUCAUAGCUACAACAAAAUAUGUGACAAUAAUUCUAGAACUCCAACUAACAAUCGUAAGAGAGAAAGAAGUACACCAACUGGGAAAACUCCUCAACAGCCUUCAAAAAUUGGAACUGCAGUUUUAUCUGGUCAGAAGCGCAAUACUCCUUGGACAGAUCCAGAGAAAGAAUAUUUCAUACAAUAUGUCCAGCACACACCACAAAGUGAAACACUUACAGAUUACUGGCAGAAAUGUGCUUCAGCCAUGAAUGCCAAAUUUCCAUCUGGGAUGCGUAAUGGGCUGUCAUGCAAGGGAUUGUCACAAAGGUUAUUUAUAACCCCAUCAAGAGGUCAUACAGAAUCCUCCUUGGAUGAAACUGACAUUGCAUCUGGAUUCAGUAUGUUGUCAACCCAGGAUGUAAUGACACGGAAUGUAGGGACAGACUGCCUUUCCAGUUAACACUAACUCAUUUCGAUGUUAAAGAUGGUGAAUGGUUGUUUAUGGAACCAAGAAAAAAACUUGAGG